GUCAAAGUUCGUGACCUGACAGCUUUCACUCGCUGCAUGAUCAUGAAUGCACCAUGACGCCGAGCCUGGCCUGAGCAGGGAGAGGGAAUAGCCCAGGUUUCGAUGAAGAGUAUGGAGAGUGCGAUGGAGAGACUCCACCGGCUGACACGGUCCUUACGCAGCGCGCGUGCGGUGGAGCUGCCAGCAGAUCCCGAGACGGCGGCGUAUCUUCUCAUGCCGAUGAUCAUCGCAAACCAACACAGGUCUGUUGCAGAGCUCAUCAGUAAUUCCAGUUUUGAUGUGAACUAUGCCUUUGGGCGGGCCCAGAGGAACCUGCUCCACAUUGCUGCCAACUGCGGGUCAUUUGAAUGCAUGGUACUGCUACUGAAGAAGGGUGCUGAUGUCAACUACCAGGACAUGUCAGGCUGUACAGCACUGCACCUGGCUGCCAGGAAUGGUCAGAAGAAAUGUCUUGCCAAGCUCCUAGAAUACAAUGCAGAUGUCAACAUACGCAACAAUGAAGGCCUAACUACAAUCCACUGGCUGGCUGUGAACGGGCGGACAGAGCUGCUGCAUGAUCUACUGCAGCAUGUCAGAGAGAAUGGGGACGUGGAAGGGGGAGACAGGAAACAAAAUGUUGAUGUAGAGGACGCACAAGGACAGACAGCACUACACGUGGCGUGCCAAAAUGGACACAAGUCAACAGUCCUGUGCCUGUUGGACAACGGUGCAGACAUCAACAGACCCAAUGUGACAGGAGCAACACCCCUGUCAUUUGCAUGCAGCCAUGGCCAGAGGGACACAGCACAAAUUCUGCUGUCCAGGGGUGCCAAGUACCUGGGGGACAGCAACGGCUGUGCACCGCUGGAACUGGCUGUCCAGGUUCAGUUGACUUUUGAAUUAACAGUCAUAAAAAUAUCAAUCACAGCUAGAUCUGAAAGAUAUUUUGAAAUGAAAAUGAAAGCAUUUUGUUUCCGAUUCAAUACUAUCUUCAGUAAACUGCCUCAUGGUAAACACAGCAGGUUUGUACUGAUUACAGCAUUUGAUCCACUCUCACCAGGAAGGACCCCAGCUCUUUUUAGUGAGCCAGACAUAUCAUUGCUGUUCAAAGUGCUGGCCUUCAUCUGCCAGAGCUCAGUCUCCCAACAUCACAUGAUCCUGGUCAGUGUGGCAGAGCUGGCUUCAGCUGCAGGGCACAGACUACUCAGUGUGUCCAGUAACUAUGAGGACCAGGUGGUGAGUUUUCUGCGCUGUGUGAAGAUGCUGUGUCGGCUGUACCGACUGGCCCCCUGUGAGCACAGCGUGAAAGACAGCUACACAGCAUCCAGGAACACUGUUCCCAUGGCAACAGUCUUUCGGCCACUAGAACUGCUGUGGAAGUCCCUGGAGGAAUGGUUACUCCUGAUUGGUUCGGAGCUGAACAGGGCCAAGGCGGCCCCCUGUAUGGGCAGUAAGGGUGCGGGUGAGGAGGACAGCCUGCAGGACACGGAUGAGAUAGCUACAGCACUCAUCGCUGACAGACUUUCUCUACAUGAGGACGACCUUCCAGGAGAGAUGACCUUGAGCUCAUCUCUCCAGAGUCUGACCUUGGGGGGGUCAGGAGAGCUGAAGGAUCACAUCGUAGAAGAGGAAGAUGAAGCCGGGGCUACAGCACCUCUUCAGGACUCCAAGUCGGAGACAUCAACUGAACAUAAACCGGCAGUUGAUACAGCAGGCUCUGACCAUCAUGUGAGAAUGCCUGGAACUGAUCCUCAGCAGUCUGAUUCGGCACAACAAGGUGGCGUCAUGUUUAACACUAGCGCACACGACGGUCAAGUUCACCACUCCACAGCCGUGAGAGGUCACCGGAGGUCUCGGUCGAGGACGUACAGUAGCUCAAGCAGCCGAGGCACCAGCCCGCCGGGGUCGAUGUCUCGGUCCCACAGCGCCCAGGACGUGGUGGCAGCAUGUGCAGACAGGGUCUGUGCUGUUAUACAGGCCUUCUACAACUGCUGCUCAUGCCACACACCUCAGGGGUCUACCUCUUGCAGAAAUCCCAAGAUCAUCUUUGACCAUUUCCACUUCCUACUGGAAUGCCCCGAGCUCAUGUCCAGGUUCAUGCACAUCAUUAAGGCACAGGAUUUCACCGCCCGUCGAGAGUGGUUUUACGAGAACCUUCACCCCCAGACUGGUGACAGAGACCUGGUGCACAGGCCUCCCAGUGAAGAUGAUGUGCUGCUUAUUAACAGAGAACAAAUUUUUGACAGCAGCUGCAAGAUUGUGACUAAGAUGAACAGUGAGAAACUCAAGGAGAACAUCGCUGUCAAGUUCACUGGGGAGGAGGGCAUGGGCCAGGGUGUGGUGAGAGAGUGGUUCGACAUCCUGUCCAAGGAGAUUCUAAAUCCAGACUAUGCGCUCUUCACAAUGUCUGCUGAUGGUAGUACCUUCCAACCCAACAGUAACUCAGCUGUCAACCCUGACCAUCUCAACUACUUCAGGUUUGCAGGAGGCAUCAUGGGGCUGGCCCUGUACCACAGGCAGCUGCUAAAUGUGUACUUCACUCGGUCCUUCUACAAACAUAUCCUGGGUAUCCCUGUCAACUAUCAUGAUGUCGCCUCCAUUGACCCGGAAUAUGCAAAGAACUUGCAGUGGAUCCUGGAUCAUGACAUCAGUGACCUCGGGCUGGAGUUGACCUUCUCAGUGGAAACAGACGUGUUUGGAGCCAUGGAGGAAGUGGAGCUGAAACCUGAUGGCAAAAACAUACAGGUUACAGAGGCAAACAAGGCUGAGUAUGUCCAGCUAGUGACCGAGCUGCGCAUGACCAGGGCCAUCCAGCCUCAGAUCAACGCUUUCCUGCAGGGAUUCCACGCUUUCAUUCCCUGUUCUCUGGUGCAGCUCUUUGAUGAGUAUGAAUUGGAGUUGAUGCUGUCAGGUCUGCCUGAAGUUGAUGUGGAGGAUUUUGAAAGGAACACAGAUUACAACAGUGGUUACACAGCUGACUGUCCUGUCAUUAAGUGGUUCUGGGAGACAGUGAGGGAUUUUCCCCAACAAGAAAGAGUGUUGCUGCUGCAGUUUGUAACAGGAAGCUCCAGGGUCCCCCAUGGUGGGUUUGCCUAUCUUCCAGGAGGAAGUGGGAUGCAAAAGAUCACCAUUUCUCCUGUCACCUACACCCCAAACCUACUGCCCACAGCCAGCACAUGCAUCAAUCUGCUGAAGCUGCCCGAGUACAGGUCCAGGGAAGAGCUGAGGGAACGACUGAAAGUGGCCCUCCAGCACGGCAGUCUGGGAUACGGCAUGGCGUGAUGGCUGUGUGAGAAGUACAAAACAACUCAAGGAAGUUACCAUUCAGUAAUAUUGGAACGUUAAGUCUAUGGAUCAGAUUGCUUGAGCAAGUGAAAGUGCUGCAUGGGCAAGUGCUUGUCCUAUGGUGCGAUGUUUCCAUGAUUUUGACUUUAACUUUGACUUAAUUCAGAUCCACUUUUACUUAUUAUGAGCUAACAACAUUAUGUUGCAAAAAAAAAUGAUUGGACUCCAUUUUCCACUUGUAAUUGUGUCUAUACAUGGUCUAAAUAUGUGCACCAAGUGGCUUGUCCAACUGAUAAGCUUUUCGUCAACUCUGAGUUUAACUUAGUACUUCUUGAUUGGUGAAGAAGGUAAUGUUGUGAGAUCAUUAUGUCUUGUUGUAAGUACAUGACACCCACACAAAGUGUAUAUUGGGAAGCUGGAAGAUUCCUCACUCCUUGGUCUUGUAUUUAACAGUUUGUUUCAUGCUUUCCCGGUGUUAUUUUUUCUACCUGAAAAUAUUUCAUUGCUGCAAGUAAAACGCAUAGAAAUAACUAGAGUCUCUCAUUUAAAUGUUGGGCCAUGCAGUGAAAAGUUGGUGUGAGCAUGUAAAUUUUUAAUGUACUUGCUCAAUGGAUGAGUCAAGUGAAUUUUGAAAUUUUCUCCAGCCUCAAGUCAGACAUGUUCAGUACCCAUAAGCAAAGAUUGAAGAAGAUUUUAACCAUAAUUUUGUAUUCCUAGAAGAUUGUAUAAAUUAUGUUAAUACGUUAAGAGCUUGUUGAUUACAUACAUUGUACAUAUUUUAAUUGUGGUGACUGUAAGGUCAUGGAGUUAAAUGUCAGUGCAGUCUGUUAUUUAUAAAUUUGUUACUUUAAAAAGUUGCCAUGGCGAUUUCAGAAUCAAAUUGAAAGCAGUAGGAAAAGAGGGAUUGGCUGUUAGUUUUGCUCAACAAGAAUCCUCCAUGAAGUUAUGGUGUUUGCAGAGUGGCUGAGGUGUUUGAUUACUACAACUACCGACAUGCCAACUCUAAGAUGUCUAGAUUGUAGAUGCGAAGACACAGUCCAAGACAAAAACAAGUUGUGCAAAUUACGAAAGAUCCUAAUAAAACAGAAGACUUCAA